GCCGGUACUUUUUGUCCCUGGCACGCUUGCCGUACGAUUACGCACUUCCGGAGAGUCCGGCAACAGAGGCGACAAAUGGGUCAGAGUCAAAGUGGCGGACAUGGGCCAGGAGGCGGUAAGAAGGAUGACAAGGAUAAGAAGAAGAAAUAUGAGCCGCCUAUUCCUACCAGAGUGGGCAAAAAGAAGAAGAAAUCCAAAGGACCCGAUGCUGCUAGCAAACUCCCAUUGGUGACACCACAUACACAGUGCAGACUGAAACUUCUUAAACUGGAGAGAAUUAAAGACUAUCUGUUAAUGGAAGAAGAAUUUAUCCGAAACCAGGAACAAAUGAAACCUCUGGAGGAGAAACAGGAGGAAGAGAGGUCAAAAGUAGAUGAUCUCAGAGGAACGCCAAUGUCUGUAGGAACUUUGGAGGAAAUUAUUGAUGAUAACCAUGCUAUCGUUUCAACCUCGGUGGGAUCCGAACAUUAUGUCAGUAUCCUUUCAUUUGUGGAUAAAGAUCUUCUGGAGCCUGGGUGUUCUGUUCUACUAAACCACAAGGUUCAUGCAGUUAUUGGAGUUCUGAUGGAUGACACUGAUCCCUUGGUUACAGUCAUGAAGGUGGAAAAGGCUCCUCAGGAAACAUAUGCAGACAUUGGAGGAUUAGAUAAUCAGAUCCAGGAAAUCAAAGAAUCUGUUGAAUUACCCCUUACCCAUCCAGAGUAUUAUGAAGAAAUGGGAAUCAAACCACCCAAAGGAGUCAUUUUGUAUGGCCCUCCUGGAACAGGUAAAACACUUCUGGCCAAAGCAGUAGCAAACCAAACAUCAGCUACCUUUCUUCGAGUUGUUGGCUCAGAGUUGAUUCAGAAGUACUUGGGUGAUGGACCAAAACUUGUUCGAGAAUUGUUCAGAGUGGCAGAAGAGCAUGCUCCUUCAAUUGUAUUCAUUGAUGAAAUUGAUGCCAUUGGUACAAAACGGUAUGACUCAAACUCUGGAGGCGAACGGGAAAUUCAGCGUACCAUGUUGGAGCUUCUGAACCAGUUAGAUGGCUUUGAUUCCCGUGGAGAUGUGAAGGUUAUUAUGGCGACGAACAGGAUAGAAACUCUAGACCCAGCCCUUAUUAGGCCAGGGAGAAUUGAUAGAAAAAUUGAGUUCCCCUUGCCUGAUGAAAAGACAAAGAGGCGCAUUUUUCAGAUCCACACAAGCAGAAUGACUCUUGCUGAUGACGUCACUUUAGAUGAUUUAAUUUUGGCAAAAGAUGAUCUGUCUGGAGCAGAUAUCAAGGCUAUCUGUACAGAAGCCGGCUUGAUGGCUUUACGAGAACGUAGAAUGAAAGUGACAAAUGAGGACUUUAAAAAAUCAAAAGAAAAUGUUCUUUACAAGAAGCAAGAGGGCACACCGGAAGGACUAUACCUUUAACUUGUUACAGAUGUCUUUACAGGUCCAAAACGCCUUCCUUUCUGCUUUAGUAUUAAACCAUGUAAUAAAAUGGGACAAGAAAACUUGUUUGUCAGUAAGCGCAGCCAUCUUUUUAAGACCGUGUGAGUGUGAUUGUGGCGUCUUUACUGGAGCAGAGCCGCACCUCCUUUGUAAAUCCUCAUUUUUGACAAUAAAAUAUUUCAUUUCAGAAA